CGGGCGGGAUCUAGCGAGGGAGGGACGCACGUCACUUCCGUUCCGUGGUGGAGAGCGGUGGUGCCGGACGGUGGUGGCGGUUAGUGCGACGGUUGCUGGCAGCCUUCGAGGGACAAUGAGCGACAGCGGGGAGCAGAACUACGGCGAGCGGGAAUCCCGUUCUGCUUCCAGAAGCGGAAGUGCCCAUGGGUCCGGCAAGUCUGCAAGGCACACUCCUGCAAGAUCUCGAUCCAAGGAGGACUCCAGGCGAUCCAGAUCAAAAUCUAGAUCCAGGUCUGAAUCUAGAUCUAGGUCAAGGAGGAGUUCUCGUAGACACUAUACAAGAUCACGCUCUCGUUCCCGCUCUCACAGGAGGUCCCGGAGCAGGUCUUACAGUCGGGAUUAUCGACGACGACACAGUCACAGCCAUUCCCCUAUGUCUACUCGUAGGCGUCAUGUUGGAAACAGGGCAAAUCCUGACCCAAACUGUUGUCUCGGUGUGUUUGGAUUAAGUCUAUACACCACAGAAAGGGACCUGAGAGAAGUGUUCUCCAAGUAUGGCCCAAUUGCUGAUGUUUCCAUUGUGUAUGACCAGCAGUCUCGGCGUUCAAGAGGAUUUGCAUUUGUGUAUUUUGAAAAUGUUGAUGAUGCAAAGGAGGCUAAAGAGCGUGCCAAUGGAAUGGAACUUGAUGGGAGAAGAAUCCGGGUAGAUUUCUCCAUAACAAAAAGGCCUCACACCCCUACACCUGGAAUCUAUAUGGGGAGACCAACUUAUGGCAGCUCCCGACGAAGAGAUUACUAUGACAGAGGGUAUGACAGAGGGUAUGAUGAUCGUGAAUAUUACAGCAGAUCUUAUAGAGGAGGUGGUGGAGGAGGAGGAGGAGGAGGAUGGAGAGCUGCCCAAGACAGGGAUCAGAUCUACAGGAGAAGAUCACCAUCCCCAUACUACAGCCGAGGAGGUUACAGAUCUCGCUCCAGAUCUCGAUCCUAUUCACCUCGUCGCUAUUAAAACAGAAAGAAGUUUAGAGGAAUUUCUAACUACAGCCCUUGAGCUGGGAUUGCAGAUAUGUGGACAAUAUUUUUAUUGUCUAUUCUGUUUAAAAAGUGAGCAGUGCCUAGUGAAUAGGUGACUUUUACACCUUUUAUGAAGACUACUUUUUGGUGAAGUUAAAAUGCUGUUUCAUUCUGCAUAUCUGUGUAGUUCGGUGCUUUGUUCAAAGUUGUGUUUUUGAGAGGAGUAUGUUUUGCAUGUAUUUUUUUAGUCAGAAUUUUGACUGCUGAAAGGUUUCUAUUAUACAAAACUGUUCAUUUAAAGUUUUUUCUACUGAUUCCAGGAUAUUCUGAAGAUCAAAACCUGUGUAAAAUGCUUUCAAAUGGUAAAAAAUAAUAAACAGUUUGAUUUUUACUUCCCAUA